AUGUCGUAUAAAAAGUUGGUCUUAGUUGGUCUUGCCGCUGUUGCCCUUGCUCUUCCUGCGGACAAGAGUGCCAAGGGUGUUAUCCCCGGUAAAUUCAUUGUCGCGCUUAAACCAACAGGGGUCGAUCUUGACCUGCAUGCUCGAUGGGUUUCCGACGUUUACGAACAAGCCCUGACACGUCGCGGCGUUGAGUCCAGUGGGAUCGACAAGACAUUUAGUUUCCCUGGCUUCCAGGGCUACUCCGGCUCAUUCGAUGAGGAAACCAUCGAGAUUAUCAAAGCCAAUUCCAGCGUCCUGCGCGUGGAGCCUGAACAGAUCUUCACUGUAGCCUCGCCAGUUACACAGCAAAGUCCUCCUUGGGGUCUUUCGGCGCUUUCAAAUGCCAAUCCCCCAUCUUCAAGCGCCUCGUAUACCUACGACUCCACGGCUGGUGCGGGAACGUUUGCCUAUAUUCUAGAUAGCGGCAUCCUCCUGGGGCACCAGGAAUUCCAAGGCCGUGCUGUCUUUGGCGCAGACACAUCAGGCGUUGUUACCAAGAAACAGCAUGGUACUCUUGUCGCCGCUCUUGUUAACGGGGCAACAUUUGGAGUCGCCAAAAAGGCCACUGUUGUAGAUGUUCAGGUGUUGGGCGACGAUGGCGGCUCCACUAGUGGGAUUCUAUCUGGUCUUAGCUGGACGGUCAACGAUGUUGUGGCUAAGAAGCGUGCUGGCAAGGCCGUCAUCAACAUGAGUUUGUCGGGAGGAUCAUCGCAGACCCUCAACGACGCGGUGCAGAAGGCCAUCGACGCCGGUAUUCCGGUUGUCGUAGCCGCCGGAAAUGAGAACCGAGAUGCCUCAGACUCAAGCCCCGCAAACCACCCUAACGCCAUCACUGUGGCUGCCAGCAACAAGAACUACCAGCGAUGGUCUCAGUCCAACUAUGGAUCAGUUUGUGACAUCUUUGCCCCAGGCCAAGACAUUAUAUCCGCUUCGUCUACUUCCACUUCGGCAUCACGCACUUCAAGCGGCACAUCAGAGGCUGCUCCCUAUGUUGCGGGCGUUGUUGCUUAUCUUCUUGCGUUGGAAGGUUCGCGUACGCCUGCUCAGAUUUGGUCUCGACUCAAGGAGCUGGCAAUUAAGGAUAAGAUUACAGAUCCUAAGGGGGUUCCAAAUCUUCUACUCUACAACGGAAUUGGUAAAUGA